ACAGUGCCGCUGCUGCUGUGGCAGUUCUCCGGCUCUCUGGCUGGCUUCUUCGAUGGCCUACAGCGGCCCGUGGAAAUAACGACUGUAAGCCACUACUUGCCGGGACCAGUGAGGCUGCAGCGGACUGCGGGACGAACGCGACGCACCAUGUCAAUCGAUCAACAGAAUGCCACAUUUGAUGGCAAAAUGGUGGACAACUAUUGCUGCUUCUGGGUGUACCAGAAGCAUCCAGAGAUGCCCAAGAACUGGGAGCACCGCGCCGAGUAUCCCUUCGAUUUUCUGCUCAAUGGCAUUUUUGUGAGGAACGAAAGGAACUAUACGGAGCCCAAAGCUGUGAGGGAAGAUUAAACUGGACCCACAAAUAGAUGUGAACCCAGUCCAGUGGUUGCCUAUCGAUUGUGGUUAUGCAUUUAAUUGGACGCUGGCCUGGCCCGGGGCCAUGUACGGCUUAACUCAGUCGCAAAAUUAUAAUUAACUUUGUCUGGGCUCAAAGUUGCCUCAAAA